GACGUAUUGUUUUGUUUACUAACUUUAGGGUUGUAGCUGAGCUGCUGAAGAUCGGUUUCGGUGCUGAUAUUCCGUCCGUCCAGUGCUGACGCAAAGUGGCGAAACAGUUGACAAAACAUCACGAAACACGAAAUUGAUGGAAAACAUGGACGUUGUAGAAAACUACACCAGCUGUUAUAUGGUACUCCAAAAUCUUUGGAAAAAUAACAAAAAGAAAGAGUUUGAGCAGGUCUUACAGAUGAAUUUGUCAUGUGCUCCUAAUCCUUUCAAGUUGGCUUUGGUCUGCAUAAAGCUUUGUCCAGAUCUUUUUAAAAGCAAAAAUAAUGGAAUGGCUGUUGCUGUUGCUUUAGAAUUGCAGUCCUUCUUGGGUAAACAGGAAAAAUGUUAUUUAGGCUGCCUCAAAAAAGAAAUGCAAGUAGAUGUGUUUAACUUGGCAGUCAGACAGAAGAAUACCGGAAUGAUGAGAGUACUUACUAAAGUAUAUCAGCUGGGUGAUGUACGAGAACAGUUUAUUCCCACUCUUCAUGCCAUGAUUGUUGAGCAACAUUACAAAGAAGUUUGUACUUUAGCAACAUUACUUGACCUCCAAGAGCAUUUUCCAACUCAGGAACUAAUUGUACCUUUAUUUUGCCAAGAUCGUUUGUGUUUAGCAGAUGAAUUUUUAGCUUCUAGUCCAAAGCAUCAGAAGGAGCUUGUAAUAUUUAUUGACAGUGUAAUAGGAAGAGAACGAGAAGCAUCUCUCAUUUUAGAGAAAUUUAAUAUCACUGAUAUAGGUAGAUUCAAAUCAAGUAAGGUACUGUGUAAUGUCCUUGGUAGACUUUUAAAGAGAUUUCAGCUGGACAUGUCGCUCUGCCCUCACUUAUACAAACGUCGUUCUGUUGGGGGAUUGCGUUACCUAUUUUAUAAGUAUUAUAUUGAGAAAGGCUUGCAGACAACGGCAUUUCAUAGUUUGGUGGAAGAUGCUGUAAAGGAAACCCCAGACCUGAAGUACACUUUAGUAGAUCUCUUUUGUGAAUACUGUGACCCUCAGUCUGCUUUACCAUAUAUACACAAGUAUCAAAUGAAGUCUGAGAAUUUACCACAGAGUAUCAGAGAUGUCAUGUUGGCAUGUCCCUCUUUAGAUCAAAUCAAUAGUUGUCAGAAUGCUGUGAAAAUUGCUUCAGAGGAGUGUUGGGAUGAGGAUGAAAUUAGUUAUCCACUUAGUAUUUGUCAAGGAAAUAUUGUCCUCAUUGACAGUGUGGAAGAAUUUGAAAAGUGCAUGAUUGAUGUGAGUAAGAGUCCAGUUCUUGGAUUAGACAGUGAAUGGAAACCCACCUUUGGUAUUGGAGCUGGUGAACAGGUUUCACUUAUGCAGAUAGCUACAGCAACUCAUGUAUAUUUAGUUGAUAUCAUGUCUCUUCAACCUCUUUUAGAUAAUAGUCAUUGGUCACAAUUGGGCAACAUAUUUACAGAUGCCAACAUCACAAAACUUGGAUAUGGAAUCAAAAGUGAUUUUAAGAUCUUGGCUAAAUUGCAUAAUGAUUUGAAAAAAUCUCUAACAACACCUAAAAAUAUAAUUGAUUUUGACCAGAAGAAAACAGCGUUAUUAGAGCUUCUACCAGAUAUAUUCUCAUUUAACAUUUCUGCUUACAAAGGUUUAAGCGAUUUAGUAUACCGAUGUUUUGGUAAACCACUGAACAAAAGUGAGCAGUUUUCAAAUUGGGCAAAUCGUCCUCUUUCUAGAUCACAAAAGCUUUAUGCAGCAGUAGAUGCAGUUUGCCUAAUGGACAUAUAUAAUUAUUUGAAUGCCAAGUCACAGGAGCUAGGCUGUAGUAACUGGCAAAAUUUGAAGGUGGGAACUCCCCAAUCAAACCCAAAGUCUGCCAAGAAAAGCAAGAAAAAGGAACCAAGUCCAGAUAAAACUGUUGUUCAAAGGAGGCAAGGGCCAAUUGUAGCCAAGGAUUUUCAUGUAGUUUGUGAUACUAUGUUGCAGGGUUUAGCAAAGAAGUUGCGACUUUGUGGGAUUGAUGCCGUUGCAUUGGAAAAUGGUCAGACUUCUGAUGAUUGUAUUGAGUUUUAUGAAAAAGAAAGACGUUACGUCCUCAGCAGAGGGACUGCGUAUCGACGGUUAGUCAAGUACAUUCCAGCAGAGUAUAUUUGUCAUGUUGAGAGUGAGGGAGCUAGACAGCAGCUUGAAGAAGUAAUGGCAAUCUUCAAGGUAAAGCUGUCUCCAAAUGAUCUUUUUGCAAGAUGUACAAAAUGUAAUUCAGGAUCUUAUAUCAAUGUCCCUCCAGGUAUCAUUAAAAAAAUACGAGAAAAUCAGGAUAAGGUGGAAUAUGUACCUGAUGAGUGGAUGGACUUUGGUGAGGAAAGAAUUAAUCUGACAUCUGGUGUUACACAGAAUGGUGUAAAAUUACAGAUAGAGAAAUUGAUAUUAGCUGUUGUCGAGAAAGCAGAGGUACUAUAUAUUUGUGCUAGAUGUGGAAGAUGUUACUGGGAAGGAUCUCAUCAAGAAAGAGCUUUCAGGGAAAUAAUUACACAAUUUUUGGACACUGAAAAUGUGGAUGGUUAUUGUAAGACUUCAGGAAGUAGUGGUGAUUUUAAUUCAUGUAAAACAUUUUCAAGAUGUGAAGAUGUAAAUCUUAGUACUUUUGAUGGUUAUUCAAGCUCGGAGAAUGGUGAAAGGUGUGAGGUAGAGGAAGGUGUUAAAAAAAUUUUUAUUUAUGAUAAGUGAAAAGUGUUUAAGAGUAUAUUAACUCUAUAAUGCACUGAACUGAUAGUGAUGUGAUGUGUUUUUGUAUGAGAGGUAAAAAGUUUUGCCAAAUUCUUGCAAAUAGAUCUUUCAGUAUGAUAUUACAUCAUGUUAGAAAACUAUCACAUUAUAGAUACUUUGAAGCUAAGAUUAUGAAAUGUUUUUUAUAUUUUGUGCAAUAUUUUAGUUGAGUGAAAGCAAUUAAAUUUAUUUUGUAUCACACAGGUGAUAUGUUGUUAUAUAGUAUUGAUAUGUGCUGACUAAAUGCAUUUGUGUUCAAAAUUUUAAUAAAUGAUAAAAGAAUUUAGUGUGUUAGGUUCCAAAGUUUACUGUUGGAUCAUGUUGUCACACUUGUGGAAAGUAUGCAUACCCUUCAUAUACAAUUAUUUGUAGGUAGUGAAGUGUAACUUUUAUUUAAUAAUGUUGAGAACAAGAAAACUCUUUAGUGGUUGCUUUUCCUUGACUUGAAGAUCUCAAAGCCAAGAGCAUUCAUGUGCUUACUUUCUGAGUAUUUGCUUGGCAAGGAUAAGUCAAGUAGUAGGUUUACUAAGCACAACUUGUUGAGCAUUCACAGUAAAGAAUGGGAAUUGCUUUGUACAUGUCAAAUUUCCUUUUCUUAUUGUUUAGCUAUGGAAAAGAAAAAUGUUUGAAAAAAUCACAUCUUUCUUAUAGGAGGUAAAUUCCUUCAUUUGGUUCUCAAGAUGCAUUGUUUUCUUGCACAUUUGCCUGCUAGCCAGUGGAUUCCAGCCCAUUUUUUGAAGAUUGUCUGUUUCUUUAUUACAAUAUUAUAUUAGUCUGUAAGGUCUCCAUUUCAUGUCUUAUACAUUUCAUGUCGCACCUGUGGUUUAUUUGCAAGAUAAAAGUUUUCUUUUCUCCAGGCAGUUCAGGAUCAGCUUGCGGAAGUGCUGGAUACCUUCUCUGUGAGAAUAGAGACUGGUGACAUUUUCACAAGAUGUACUAAAUGUAAUGCACACAAGUAUAUAUCAGUUUCUUCAUCUGUGAUAAGGAAUCUAAUAGAAAGG